ACAUUUUAUCAUUUAACGCUUUCGUUUUUCUUUUCCUCACAUUUUGUUUAUCAAAAUUUAAUUCUAAUUUGUAUUUAUGUAUUAAACGAAAACAGUAUUUAACUAUAGCGAAAUAGUAUAGUGUUUUUUUUUCGAUUAUGCGUAAAUUGAGUUAAAAUAUAAAAAUAUUUGAUUAAGUAGUUUGAUUUAUCAUUUCGAGGGCAAAAACAACCACGAAAAAGCUCUCGCUUUAUUUUGUUAUCACAAUAAAAGAAAAGGAGAUCGCAAGAAAAACGUGUUCAUUUAACCAAUUGCUUUAGGAAGAUGUGUGAUAUGCCUAGCACAUCUUUGAAUGAACUUCAUGGGAUGACAUCUGACUCUGCGAUGUUAAAUCCUGAAGUAGCAGAAGAAGAAAGACAGAAUUUGCAGAAAAUUAUAGCUGCUUUAAGAUAUUAUCGAACACACUUGUUAAAUCGUGUCAAUAAGACCACCAAUUAUUUGAAUAGUCUGCCUAAACGCCAUCAAGACAUGCUUGUUAAAUAUCGUCAUCACCUAAAUGUAGUUCGUGAUUGCAUUGACAAAAAUCAAAUGGUUAUCAAAAAAAUGUUGAGAGACAAUUUAUUGUUAGGUGGAGGUAAUGCCGGCCCUGAGAUUACCCAAAAAGAUUUGGACGGUCAUGCAACUAAAAUUAGACAUCAGGACAUGGAGCACUCUGAUGAGCAUGUUGAACCUUUUCAAAUUUUAAAGGCCCAAUCGACAUUGAAAGCCAUUGCUCGAGAUUGGAGUAUGGAAGGAGCUGAAGAACGUGAACAAUCGUAUAAGCCAAUCAUAGAUGCUAUUGAGCAUUAUUACAAUCCCAAGGACUUAAAAAUUAACGAGAUCAAGAUUUUAGUUCCGGGUUCUGGUUUGGGACGUUUAACUUAUGAGUUGGCGUGUCGCGGUUACGAGUGCGAGGGGAAUGAGUUUUCUUACUUCAUGUUACUUGCUUCGAAUUUUGUUCUUAAUUGCUGCAAGGAAGAGAACAUGCAUACUUUAUAUCCUUGGGUGCAUCAGAACGUUAACAACUUGCAUAGAGCCGAUCAAGUGGCAGCUGUACGCUUUCCUGACGUGUGCCCUGAUAAGAACAAGCCCACAGGCCUUCUUUCAAUUGUAGCUGGCGAUUUUCUCGAGGUGUACAAAGCUCCAAGUUGUUUCCAUUGCGUGGCUACAUGUUUUUUUAUAGACUGUGCCAACAAUGUCGUAGAUUUCAUCGAGACUAUAUACAACAUUUUGAUGCCGGGGGGUAUAUGGGUAAAUUUGGGACCUCUGCUUUAUCAUUUCAGUGACGUACCAAACGAACAGAGUAUUGAGCCCACCUAUGAAGACAUUCUACACAUAAUUAGCUGCAUUGGGUUUGAAGUCCUAACGUCAAAAUCUGGCAUACGCACCAAAUACGCUCAAAAUCCCCAAUCAAUGUUAAAAAGUGAAUACGAAAGUCUAUUUUGGAUUUGUCGGAAACCGUUGACUAAUACUAUUGAAGCAGCGGUUGACGGAAUGCAGUCUUCCGCUGAAAUCAGGGAUGAGCGUUGUGAUAUAAACGGCUAUAAUGAAUGCUAAAGUCAAAAGUAAUAGUGA